AGGAGAGGGUGCCUGGGAAGUCCGGUGCUGGCCUCUCAGGGGUCAGUGUGCGCAGCGCGGCUGUGGGCCGCGGAGGAGCUCGUCAGGCCCACCCGGCCGGCCUGCUCAGCUGGUCCGCAGCCGCGCGGUGCCUGGGACAGACGCGUGUCGCCCGCGGGCGUCGAAGCCGGCAGGACCCCCGUGGACGGGAGUGCAGGAGUGUAGGAAGCCUUCCUGUUCCCAUGGCUGCUGUGAGGCCUCGCUUCUCCGGCAGUUGUGGAAACCGUGCUCCUUUGUGGAAGCACCCUGAGUAUCUAUGGAAAGGACCUGAAACCUACACGUGGGGGAUCCCAGACACUGAGAACCAGAAGGGAUUGCUGGGUCUGCAUGGAAGCAGGGCAGAGAAGAGUUACCUGGGUAAGGCUUGGACUGGGAGACAGGCACUGGUGUUGACAGAGGACAGGCCACCGGGUGACACUGUUCUCCACCUGCCCACCGUCUGAGAUGCUUGUUUCCUGACUUGGUUCUCAUCAAGCUCAAUCAGACCAGUCAAGGCAAUGGAGAACGGAAAUGAGACAUUAAUGGCAGAUUUUAUUCUCUUGGGACUCUUCCCCCAAAUGAAAUAUGUCAGUGUCCUCAUCCACAUUAUCAUCUUGGUUUACCUGGCUUCAUUCGCUGGGAACCUCAUCCUGCUCCUCCUGAUAUGGAUGGACCUGAAGCUCCAUACCCCAAUGUACUUUCUCCUCAGCCAGCUUUCUGUUGUAGACCUGGCCCUCAUUAGCACCACUGUUCCAAAGAUGGCAAUAAACUUUUUCUCUGGAAGGAAGAAUAUCACACGUCUUGCUUGUGGAACCCAGUUAUUUUUCUUCUUUGCUCUUGGGGGUGCUGAGUGCAUCUUGUUGACUUUCAUGGCCUAUGACCGUUAUGUAGCUGUCUGUAAGCCCCUGAGAUAUGCAGUCAUUAUGAACCAUGCAGUCUGUUUACAAAUGGCUGUGGUGUCCUGGAUAGGGGGCGUUCUAGCUUCCACAGCUCAUACUUCUUACACUAUGAGUCUGCCAAUGUGUGGCUCCAGAGAGAUCCACCAUUUCUACUGUGAGAUGCCAGGGAUCAUGAAGAUCUCAUGUGCAGACACUUCCACCUAUGAACUGGUGGUCUUUGUGAUGGGCAUUGCAUUUCUAGUUAUCCCCUUUGGACUCAUUAUGUCUUCUUACACCCUCAUUUUCCUCAGUGUCCUUCGUAUGAAAUCCCCCCAAGGUAGGAACAAGGCCUUGGCUACGUGCUCCUCCCAUCUUCUGGUGGUGAGUCUUUACUUAGGACCAUGUGUUUUCAUGUAUAUGACACCGGGUUCAUCCCACACCCCUGAGCAGGAGCAGGCUGUAUCUGUAUUUUGCACUGUCCUCACACCCAUGCUAAACCCCCUUAUCUACAGCCUGAGGAACAAGGAUGUGGUAGGGGCUUUUCAGAGAGUUGUGGGGAAACAUUUGAUCUCUGAACAGAAGACAUAAGUGCCAAGAAGAUAAACAACUACAUGGAGGACCAAUAGGCAAAACUCCAGGAGCAUCCACAAUCCUAUUUUCUGGCAUGAGGAGCUCUGCUCCAUUCCCUGUGAAAAAAAUCACAUGGUUUAAUUCCAUCGACAAUGUUAAAAAGUUUUUAAUGGAAAUUUGUAUUUAAAAAUUUUUGAUCAGAGUGGGCAAACUCAAAAGGCUUCCACAGCCUUGGUAACCCAUGACAAGAGCCUAGGGUGAUCACUGAUGCCAUACACAAGAGUGUCAAUUGUUAAGUCAAACACAGGAGUCACUGUGCACUUACUCCCUAUGUAGGAUCUCUGUCCUUAAUGUGUUGUACAAUGUGAAUUAAUGCUAUAACUAGUACUCAAACAGUACUUUAUACUUUGUGUUUCUGUGUGGGUGCAAACUGUUGAACUCUUUACUUAAAAUAUACUAAAUCGAUCUUCUGUAUAUAAAGAUAAUUGAAAAUGAAUCUUGAUGUGAAUGGAAUGGGAGAGGGAGCAGGAGAUGGGAGGGUUGCAGGUGGGAGGGAAAUUAUGGGUGGGGGAGCCACUGUA